UGGAAACAGAAAUUUGUCUGUGAAUGAAUGAAAUACAAGCUGCUAAGAAAAGAGAGCAAAGGGCUAGACUAUCAGAUCAGAAAAAACAACAGAUUUUGGAUAGGAGACGCCAAAAGAGACGUGGAGAAAAAGAAGAGUGCAUCAGGCAGCAACAGAUGAUUCAGGAACAGAAGAGAGAAAUUUUGGAAGCACAAGCAGAGAGCAAACGAUUAGAAGAGGAAGAGAAAUGAUUAGCGGAAGAGGAGAAACGCUUGCAAGCAGCAUGGCAACAAUUAGAGGACAUGGGACAACAUGAGGAAAGAUCACAAGAUGCAAGACGCCAGAGCCUCAAAUGAGCCAGGUCUUCCCUAUCACAAGACCCUAAAAUAUACGCUGAAACAGUUGAAGAUCUCGUGCAAACAGCAUCCCCAAGGAAGAAGCGUCUUCUUCAUGAGAAGGGCAUCAUAACUGAUGUUGCAACAAAAAUCAUCUACACCACUGUGUCACAAAAGAUGAGUAGCCUACGAAAGAGCAGAAAGAAGAAAGACGGCGAGCUGAAGCGUAUCUUCGCGCCAGCACUCCAAAUUGCAAAGAGAUACAGAUGCCAGAAGAGAGUAUGCGAAAAGCUCAAGACAACGGCGAAAACUCUGAAGCUACUCUCUUUCAAGCCACAUGCUCGCCUACUUCUUAACAAGACAAAGCAGACCAUUCAAAGAUACCAUGAGGAGAACUCCAUGACACUUCCAGACAAGAAGUUGGUGAGUAAGAAAACAAAGAAAGCAACUGGAUUCCUGACCAUGACCAUAAGGGCACUACAUGGAAAAUUUCAGAAAGACAACCCGGAGAUGAAAGUUUGCUUGUCAAAAUAAGCAGACUUGAAACCAGCACACAUCAAGACCUGUCAUUCAAUCACAUACAGAGGCUGUCUGUGUGAAUAUUAUACAUCUGGUAUAAAUUCCAAGAAACAUUAACAUACCGUAGGUCUUUGCAACUGGUACGGUGAUGAUCUCUAAGUUCAUUGCCUUUUGUGUUGCAGCAUAAAGCAAUUCUUGGGCAUUCAUGAAGUGCAAUUAACAUAAAAGAAGGAGUUGUAAGACUUGUAAGAUUGAAAACAGAUGCUGCAUGCUAUUUGAUACAUCUCAUUGUAGAAGCAUGGUAAUUUCUAGGCUAUUGAUUUCCAUAUUAAUUUGAAGGCCGGUAUAUGUUUCAUGUCAAAUUUUCCUUUUAAACGUGUGCAAUUUUUAUGGUGCUAAUACAUGUAUACAUGUAAUACUUUUUAGUCAGCCAUCCUUAACUUAAUCAUUGAAUGUGACUGAACUUGUGGCAUUAGAGUGUAUUUUAAUGUGUGCUUGAAUGUAGAUUAAUUGAUACUAAUUUUUAAGCCAAAGUAAUUGCCAUUUGUGUCCACAGGGUAUUCACAGUAACAACACAGGUGCAUCCACACAUGCUGAGAAAGAGUUGACGUUUUCUGCAAAGUAGUGCACAAAUUAACACAAAUGAAAUGAUUGAAGAGACAAUUUAGGUAGAUAGGUAUCACUAUUAUAGCAUUUUGUGCAGUAUAGUAAGUCUUUAUUUGCAAGUGCUAAAUGCGGUACACACCAAGGUUGACAAUGAUUUCAUGAUCUAACUUGCUGCUUAGUUCAUGUAGUUAAUACAUUUAGAACUA